UGUAAAACAAAAAGAAGCAGUCAGAUACAUCAAUUAAGCGCCAGAUUCAUAUAAAUGACAACUCUCCCCAAAUUCUGCUGUCCUUUUGCUUCUUCAAUUUCAAAUCUCAUAUCACGUUAAUGGCGAUCACGUCUUCCUGAAAUUAUAAUUACAGUUUGCAAAACCUUUUUUCAGGAUAACUUGAACCGAUUAUGGACCCACCUGUAGCAGCUGAAGUGGAAACCAAAUCCGAGAAAACCGAACAGACUAAAAGCUACGACUGCGGACUCUGUGACACCGAAGUCAUCUACAAAAUAGCCCAAGAACUCCUCCCCGGGUUAGCCUCAGCAUGCGUCGACAACACGACAGGUGGCCUCUUCACAAGCGCCGGUUCAGUAGCCGUUGAUAUGCGAAAAGACAUGACUGAUUAUCUAACACAAAGAAGCGAGACUUACGUUGCCGAAUUCUUACUAUCGGAAAACGCCUCUAUGUUAGAAUUAUCCGAACACCCUUAUGAUAUUGUUAUAAAUCUCAUCGAUGAUUUCACAUCUUCUAAACGGAACAUGUUUAGUCGGGUUUCUGAAUGGGUUUUGACCGACAGAAGAGAAGAUAGAAUCGAUGAUUUCGUACAAGAAAUGGAAAUCAACGGUUUCUGGUUGUUAGCUCGACGGGAAUUUGUCGCGUCAAUGUUGCUUAAAAACGUCGACUAUAAGAAUUCGUUUCAUUGUAAUAUGGUAUGCAGCUCUGAGGAGGAACUCGUGAAGCAUAGAUCGGAAUGCAUGUUUAGACCUAUGGAUUGCACGAAUGAAGGAUGUACGACUAGAUACUGUGCGGCUCAAAAGGAAAAUCAUGAAGCUGUUUGUCCUUUUAUGGUGCUUCCGUGUGAACAAAAGUGUUCGGAUUUUGUUAUGAGGCGUGAAAUGGAUCGACACUGUGUGACGGUUUGUCCGAUGAAGCUUGUAAACUGUGCGUUUUAUACGGUGGGAUGCAGUUCUAAUAUACCGCGGUGCAAUGUUCAACAACAUAAUGCCGAUGAGCUUUCUUCGCAUUUGCUUUAUAUUAUUAAGGCUGCUCAUAAAGACGCCAGUGAUGAAGAUCUUAAACACAGGGUGGAACAAAUUCUAAAACUGUCAAAUGUAGAGAAGUUGGCACGAGCACGCGAUACAAGAGCGUUGACAUUUUUAAUCAAGGAUGCCGAAGCAAAGCUCGGGCCACUAGACGUCAAAACCAAACCUCACGUUGACGGCGAUAAAAAGGAAUCACCUACAAAAACCGAGCCAUCAGUAGUCAAAGAUGGCGUUGACCCGCCAAAGAAAAAGGAAGACAACCAAGGAUCACAGUCAGCCAUUGAAACAAAACCGUCAACUGAAAAACCUGUCAUAAUCGACAAUGUACAUGAAGAAGACGGUAAACAAUCAACAGCCAAAGAAGAUACAGCAACAUCACCAAAAGGAGAAAAAGUCAAAGAUGAGUCAUCAAACUCUGUGAGCGAAGAAAUGAAACGAUUAUCCGUUAGUGAUGAACAAGAGACCAAGAAAUCAGUUGAUGAAGACAAAAGCAAACAGUUAGCUAGUAGUGAUCAAGAAGAUGCAAAGAAAUCACCUGGGAAUGUAACUGUGAAAGAAUCAUCCACAAGUGAUGAAAACGGGUCGAAAAAGUCAACGACAGAGGAAACAGUCAAAGAGUCAUCACAACAAAGAGAAAAAACACAGGAUUCAUAUGGCAGUGAUGAUGGCAGGUGAGCAAGUUAUAGUUUAUCUUUUUAUAUGAAACGUUUAUUAUUACAUUUAUAAGUUGCAUUCUCUUGGUAUAUCAAUAUGAAGUUUUGAAUGUUUAGAAGUAUCACAUAUUGUUGGAAUU